GCGCCGCCGCCGCCGGACACCCACUACACCCGCGCCCCCACGACGCAAGGCAGCGGCGGGCUGCCAGGUGCUUCGGGACAUUCUGCGGCUGCCGUCGCGCCGUUGCGGCGCACGCGGUAAAACGUCACUGCCUUCGUCGCUCGCAGGCAUCGCGGGAAGUCAGAUUUUACGGUUGGAGGUGUUACUGUGGUUGCGGGGGGAAAGUCUCAACAAUUGCAGGCGUCUGAUGCCGGGCAGCCUUUUUUCUCUUUCCAGCGAACGGAGAGCAACGGCACGGCUUUUUUUUAGAACCCAAUUCGAAGACUGGCGUUUUACGGCCACGUCGACGUGGAUUCUGCAGGUUGUGCAGCCCCUUCUGGUCGCUGCGCCGGACCUUCUGCUGACCGUGCCGCGCACAUGUGGCGGUGCCUCGGAGCCAACGUCUCAUGAGCGGCGUGAGUGCGCUACAAGUUUUAUUUUUCCGCUGGUGCAGCUUGCUGUGGACGGCUUACAGCUGCACCUGGAGCGGUUGUCCCUGGUGUUUAUUGUGCAAAAAUCCGGUGGGUCACGUGUUGCUUUUUUGACUGAAGGAGUUGCACGUGCGUUGUGGAGAGGAAACAGUCGUGCUGUCACCCAUGAAGCUGGAAAUGACGCAAGAAGAUGA